AGGGGUGACAUUCUCUGACGUAGCUUUAAUGGGCUCCCUCUGGCUGUUGUGGGGAGAGAAGAUGGAGGGGGAUGGAAAACAGGGAGACCAGUGAGGAGACUGUUAGCAUAAUCCAAGCAAGAGGUGAUGGUGCCCAAAUACCCAUCAACUGACAGUGGAUCAGCUGGUAUACCUACACAAGGGAAUGUUCAGCCAUGACAAGGAAUGUGAGCACCAUGGCGGAACAGGACGUGGAAAAUGAGCUUCUGGAUUAUGAGGAAGAUGAAGAGCCCCAGGCUCCUCCAGAGAGCACUCCUGCUCCCCCCAAGAAAGACGUCAAGGGUUCCUAUGUUUCCAUCCACAGCUCUGGCUUCCGGGACUUUCUGCUAAAGCCAGAGCUCCUGAGGGCCAUAGUGGACUGUGGCUUUGAGCAUCCAUCUGAGGUCCAGCACGAGUGUAUUCCCCAAGCCAUCCUGGGCAUGGAUGUCCUGUGCCAGGCCAAGUCUGGGAUGGGCAAGACGGCAGUCUUCGUGCUGGCUACCCUGCAGCAGAUCGAGCCAGUCAACGGACAGGUGACAGUCCUGGUCAUGUGCCAUACGCGGGAGCUCGCCUUCCAGAUCAGCAAAGAGUACGAACGCUUCUCCAAGUACAUGCCCAGUGUCAAGGUGUCCGUGUUCUUUGGGGGCCUUUCCAUCAAGAAGGAUGAAGAGGUAUUGAAGAAGAACUGUCCCCAUGUCGUAGUGGGGACACCAGGGCGGAUCCUGGCACUAGUGCGGAACAGGAGCCUGAACCUGAAGAACGUGAAGCACUUCGUGCUGGAUGAGUGUGACAAGAUGCUGGAGCAGCUGGACAUGCGGCGGGAUGUGCAGGAGAUCUUCCGUCUGACACCCCAUGAGAAGCAGUGCAUGAUGUUCAGCGCCACCCUGAGCAAGGAGAUCAGGCCUGUCUGCAGGAAGUUCAUGCAAGACCCCAUGGAGGUGUUUGUAGACGAUGAGACCAAGCUCACACUGCACGGACUGCAACAGUACUACGUCAAGCUUAAGGACAGUGAGAAGAACCGCAAGCUCUUUGAUCUCUUGGAUGUGUUGGAGUUUAACCAGGUGGUGAUCUUUGUGAAGUCAGUGCAGCGCUGCAUGGCCCUGGCCCAGCUCCUCGUGGAGCAGAACUUCCCAGCCAUCGCUAUCCACAGGGGCAUGGCCCAGGAGGAGCGUCUGUCACGUUAUCAGCAGUUUAAAGACUUCCAGCGGCGGAUCCUGGUGGCCACCAAUCUGUUUGGCCGAGGGAUGGACAUUGAGCGAGUCAACAUUGUCUUCAACUAUGACAUGCCCGAGGACUCGGACACCUACCUCCACCGAGUGGCCCGUGCAGGUCGCUUUGGGACCAAAGGUCUGGCUAUCACUUUUGUAUCUGACGAGAACGAUGCCAAAAUCCUCAAUGACGUUCAGGACAGGUUUGAAGUGAACGUGGCAGAACUUCCUGAAGAAAUCGACAUUUCCACAUACAUUGAGCAGAGCCGGUAACCACGUGCCUGAUGGCCAGAGCUGCCCUGUGUCCUGAGUGCUUGCUGCUUCCAGGCGUCUUUCUAGGCAUCAGCGGGCCUUCCUUUUUACUGUUCAAAAGCUGUAGAUUUGUGUAAGAGUAAAGUUUUAUUACGGAA